AUGGACCCGCGCCUUGAACUAGAUCCCGCUCGAGCUCUAGGUCUGGAAGAGGGCGAUGCCCAUGUAGUCCGCAACGCAGGCGGACGGGUAACCGAUGCUCUUCGCAGUAUCAUAAUCUCACAACAGCUUCUUGGCACCCGUGAGAUCAUCAUCGUGCACCACAAUGUCGAUCACAUUGCAUUCCUGCCGUUUGGAGACCUGAAACAGAGCGUGCUUGAUGAUGUCAAAUUGUUGAAGGAAAAUCCGUUGGUUUUGGAUGUUCUUAUUACCGGGUAUCUGUAUGAGGUUGAGACGGGCAAGAUUCUCAAGGUUUAG